GCUGACGCCAGAUGUAUAUGAGCGCACGCGGCGGGAUCUCUUUCCCUUUCAGCGCCAUCAGAGCGGGAGUCUCUCGCUGUUCAUUGCUGCAUCUCCUCCUCGGACUCAACGCCACACAUAUCGGGCUUUCGGAAAUAACUGUGAAACAAAAUGGCAGAUCUUGACAAUAAAGAGCAGACUGAAAUGGACCCGGCAGAUAUGGAAGAUGUUGAAGAGGUGGAGGAAGAGGAGACUGGGGAAGAUAACAGUAAAGCACGUCAGCUGACGAUGCAGAUGAUGCAAAACCCUCAGAUCCUCGCAGCGCUUCAGGAAAGGUUGGACGGGCUUGUGGGAUCUCCCUCAGGGUACAUGGAGAGCUUACCAAAGGUGGUGAAGCGACGUGUUAAUGCCCUUAAAAACCUCCAGGUCAAAUGUGCCCACAUUGAAGCAAAGUUCUAUGAAGAAGUCCACGAACUAGAACGAAAAUACGCCGCGCUGUAUCAGCCUCUCUUUGACAAGCGGAGUGAUAUCGUGAGAGCAGCAUACGAGCCCACAGAUGAGGAGUGUGAGUGGAAGCAAGAUGAAGAGGAAGAGUUGACCGUAAGUAAGCAGGAGGAAAUGAAGGAAAAGGCCAAAGUUGAGGAAGAGAAGAAAGACGAGGAGAAGGAAGACCCUAAAGGAAUCCCAGAAUUCUGGCUCACAGUUUUCAAGAACGUCGACCUACUCAGUGAAAUGUUGCAGGAACACGAUGAACCAAUUCUUAAGCACUUACAAGAUAUUAAAGUCAAAUUCUCUGAUGCAGGCCAGCCGAUGAGUUUCACGUUAGAGUUCCACUUUGAGCCCAACGAUUUCUUCACAAACACAGUUCUGACCAAGACCUACAAAAUGAGGUCUGAGCCAGAUGAGUCUGAUCCAUUCUCCUUCGACGGGCCAGAGAUCAUGGGCUGCACAGGGUGCACGAUCGACUGGAGUAAGGGCAAAAAUGUCACAUUGAAAACCAUCAAAAAGAAACAGAAGCACAAGGGUCGUGGUACAGUGAGGACGGUCACCAAGACAGUCCCCAAUGAUUCAUUCUUCAAUUUCUUCUCUCCGCCUGAAGUUCCAGAGAGUGGUGAACUGGAUGAGGACUCCGAGGCCGUGUUAGCUGCAGACUUUGAGAUCGGUCACUUCAUCCGCGAGCGCAUCGUGCCCAGGGCGGUUCUGUACUUCACAGGGGAGGCUAUCGAAGAUGACGAUGAUGAUUAUGAUGAGGAGGGAGAGGAAGCUGAUGAUGAGGAGGGUGAAGAGGAGGCAGAUGAAGAAAAUGAUCCAGACUAUGAACCCAAGGUAUAAAUGGUGUCUAUAGUAACCCUGCCCUGAAGGAUGCCAACCCCCCAGAGGAGUGCAAACAGCAGUGAUGGCGGUGCCCACUUCCUUCAGGAUCCUCUACACCGUAACGGCUUCAGACAAACAUAGUUACCGCCUUACAAUGUUUUGUAUUUUUCUUGGUAGAAAUAAUUAAAAUAAAUCAAUAAAAUGGUUUCAAGAUUUUUGUUACAAAAAAAACAACCUCAAAUUGGGAGCUGAUGCUCAUGACACAUAGAAUUUUACUAGACCGGUUUCUUUUUCUCUGUAUAAAUAGUUAUAAAGCAGAAAAUACCUUAAAGCAUGACAUUUGUUUCUUUACUGCUAAACUGGUUGGGUUCUCUUAAAGUCUUUUGUAUUGCUCUUAGACAACAGCUGUGGAAAGACUGUCCAGAGGUAAGGUUUACAAGAAAAUGUUCACCAUACAUGUCCUGUGUGAUUCCUUUAUGCUUUGUGCAACCAAAGCGGCAGCAUCUUUGCGACGCAGACUGACGUUUGUCCCAGCAGGGUGGCACGAAGGUGCUUUUUCGUUUGUUGAAGCCCAUAACUGCCCCCUGAUGCAAAGCAGGACUAAUUCUCCGUUAACAUUCCAAAAAGCUUUUAUUUCCUUAAGAAAAUCGGUUCUAAAUGGUUGUGCUUGGAGAAUAAUUUACAAUCUGUUAGCAAAGUUUUGUUUAUCUGGUAGAAACGGAUCAUUUCUGACAGAAAACUGACGGCUGACCAACAUUCCACAUCCAUGUGGAAAGUGUCGUACUUCAAUAGACGUUCUGUUGCAUGACUUGUUUUCUAUGAGCACUUUGUAUGUUUGUCAUGUAUCAGUAGCUUCUUUUUCAAAUGGCUUGUUGUUGAGUAGUCCACAUUCCCCCAAAGACCAGUUUACAAGCCCUUAAUGUUAAACUGGCUCUUUGUCAGUCAGGUACACGCAACGUCAGCGCACCUCUUUGGAAUGCACUUUGAAUGAUUCAACAGAACCCCAAACAACCUCCAUUGGACGAUAAGGCUCGGAAUGAGAGAACCUGAUUGGAGGAGCCAGUUUUGUGUGAUUGGUUGAUUUUGAGCUUGGCCCUGAGUGAUGUUUGUUGAGUAGUUUGUGGCAACAUACCACCUUCUGUUUGGCAGGUCUAUCACUGUGAAGGGGCGCAUCUGAGUUUGUGCGUGCGCACGUACGUGUGUGUGUUUGUACACUGAGGAACGUCUUUAGAGGUCUCUUCCUCGUAGCCCAGCAGGACAGGAAUGAAGCCGAAAGAGCAAUAUUCCCACCGAGUUCCCAAACACUGCAGUAUUCCCAUGUUCUGUGCACAUGUCUAGCACAGACGGUUUGUGCAGUCGAUUUAGUUCUGUCUGAAGCAGGUUGAAGCAGCAGGGGUUUCUGUUCCCCCUCAGCAGCUGUUGUCAAAACAAAAUGCCAUGCUAAAAAAUACUAAUGUACUCAAUAACUGUACGUGGAUGUAUAUUCAUCAAAUAAAUUGGUAAAAUGUGCAAA